AUGGAAGAAGGAGCAACACGGCCACAAAGAGGAAGACAAAGAGAUCCAAAUGAAAGAGAUACACCGGAUACAACAGAACAGAUUGAAUCAGGAGAAGGACAACGGGAAACUCCCGAUCGGGAUGAAGGACUACAACGACGAGGACGAGGACUCGAUCUGGGAGAAGCAUCAUCGCGAGAAAAAACGCAAUACGGUGAACAACACUCGGAAGAAGAACUUGAUGAUCUAGAGGAUGGAAAAGCGGGAGAUGAAAAAUCAAAGCCCAAGAAAAAAGGAAAUUGGAAAACCAUCGGUCACGAACCCAUAAGUUAUGAAGUUCAUCCUUGUCUUCAUAGAUGGAAAAAAUUAAAUCCAAAGGGUCCUUGUAUAAAAUAUAAACAAGUUAGAUGGGUUAAUAUACCUCUAAGUGCAAACAUAGCUCGAUUAGCUUUACCACUUUUAAGGCGUUUAUUAGCAUUAUGGCUGGAAUUUGGUGAUAAGUUUCCACCAGAAAUGAGAGAAAGAUUAAAAGCUUUUUUAAUUGAAAAUUACGGUUUGACUCCAGAAUUUUUAGAACAAAUACUUGUUGAAGCUAAAAAAGCUAAAGAAGAAGAAGAUAGAAAGAAAGGUAAAGGUAAAGGUAAAGGCGGUGGUGAUCCAGACGAGGAUUUUAAUUCUAGAGCAUCUGAAUAUUUUGACGUUCAAGCUAUGAGCGUGUUGGAACAAAUGUGUCAAUACAUGAGCAUGCCGUUACCGGAUCCGGAAAAACCAACGCAAUACGGUGAAACAUUGGUCAUAAUGGCUCUUAACAUAUGCGAUUGGAUAGCCAAAUACGUGACGGCUCCCGCACAAGCCAUUCCCGAUGAUAAAGUUGAAGAUUAUUUGAAAUUAAGAGGCGUUAAACCGCCAAAGCCGAAAGGGAAAAAGGGUGAGGGAAAAGGUAAAAAAGACAAAAAGAAAAAGAAAAAAAAAGAAAAAAAAAAAAAGAAAAAGGGUAAAAAUAAAGGGAAAGGAAAAGAUAAGAAAGACAAAGAAAAAAAAUUACCGGAAGUCGCACCGGAAUCGGAACCGGUAACGGAAAUUCAAAGGAAUUGGAGCGAAAUGAAAUCCCCCGUGUGGGUACCGGAAAAAAGUCGAAUAUCAAAGAGAAAACCCAUGGAAGAAGAGGAUGAAGAAGAUGGGCAAAUGAGUGAAAAGGGUACUUCUAAAUAUACCGAGGAAAAAGGAACUCCAAGAUGGGUGGAUCCCACUUUGGAAGAUGUAAAAAAAGAUUUUCUCGAAUAUAUGAUCUGGUACAAUUCGUGGGAGCCAGAAUUUAUGUACCUGGGUCCUCGGCUAACACCUACAGGAAUUUCAAUAUUCAAAAUAUGGGGUGAUGAUUCCGACUCGAUCCCCGACGAUUUAAGGGUGUUGAAUUGGAAUCAGAUCGAUUACGGUUACACUGACAAUUACUCCUUUAUUCCCUCUCCCGUACCACAAUACUAUCCCUCUCUUCGACCUCUACGACCCGUUCGUUUGGAAAAUGUUGAGAAAUCAGGUAUACCAAAGAGUAUAUUGAAAAAAGAUCUCAGGUUUUACAGUCCGUGGUAUUUGAUAAAAAAACCAUAUAAACCUCCUUCAUCUCCGACACCACCUCCAGAAGAAGAAGGCAUGCAAGGAGAACUUGAUGAUGAAGAAGAAUUAGAAAAUGCUAUGUUAAGAUCUGAAAAUAAACCUAUAAAAGAUUCAGGUUGGGGAGAUUACACUAUGAAAGAACAAAUAGAAAUCAUCGGACACAUAUUACACAUGAUGGUCACCGUACCUAAUUUAACAUUGGAAUAUGUUUUCGAACAAUUGGAAGAAUUUUGCGCAGCCGUUGGUUUUGCAGAAAGCGAUGAAAAUUCAAGUCCGUCUAAUGUUAUUCUACGUAAAAAAAGAACAAUCAUUCUGGAACAAUAUUUCUUAGCCUUUUUUGGUAAAAAAUUCAGAGACUACAAUGAAAGAACACCGAUUUACAUGAGAACUAUUUGCAGUCGACUUGCUUAUUACAUACAAAACCUUUAUGAAUACACAGCCCAAAUAUUGUGGGAGUUACAAAGUCGACAAAAUCCUCCAACCCCCAUACCGACACCACCUGAAACACCUGAUGAUCCUGAAUCCCUUCAAAAUUGGGAUGAUUGGUUGGCUUGGCUCAUGAAAGUAACAAAUACAUGUGAUGAAUGGGCUGGCUGGAUAUCAGAUACAGUUAACGAAGCAGAACAAAAAGCAGCUAAAAAGAAAUAUGAAUAUGUCGGUCCUGAUGGUAAAUUACAAUACCUCACAGCAGAAGAAUGGUACAAGUGGAAAGCAAGUGUUGAGAAAAAAGUUGUCGAAUUUAAGAAAACCAAACGGCAAAUAAUGAAAGAAUCUUCAUAUUACAAUGAUGUAUCCGGUACUAUACUACCUGUCAAACAUAGGCGAAAAAAUUGUAAAGAAGAAGAAUAUGGGGAAGAAGAGGGAGAAUUCGAUGAAGAAGGAAAAAGAUAUCAAGGGGAUGAAGGAGAAGGAGUCACCAUUGAAGUUGAUUGGCCUCAAGAAAAAGAUUUACAAAAUAUUUUAGGUGUCGAAACAGAAGAUGAAACAGAAUGGGAAGAUUAUUGA